CGUUAAAAAUAGUAACUAGACCGACAGAGAUAGAAAUCAUAGCAAAUUAUUAUUUCCUGAUAAAGAUUUAUUUGAGUGGUUUCGUAAUUUUUAAAAAUCUACAAGAAAAGGUUUCAACAUUUAGAGGGCUGCUACAUUUCAAGAAAUUCUCACAAACUACAAAUACUUGAAUUAUCAGCCUUGUUCUAUGAUUAUCAGUUCUACAGCUAGUCGUGUAUUAUGUGGUUCUAACAUAUGAUCCGUGUCUAACCUAUAAAUUAGCUUUGUUUUUGAUGGUCCAAGUAAACAUUGAGGAUAUUUGAAUAAUUUCUCUAUCUACGACAGUUUACAGCAAUGGAGACUGAAAAGUAUUUAAAGAGAGUUGUUCUGGCCUCUGAUGUGUAUGCGGUAUGCAUUCAGCAUGCACUAACAACAGAAAAACAGGAAAUCAUGGGAUUGCUUAUUGGCCAGACUGAUGAAAAGAAAUGUAUGUCAGUUAUAUCCGCAUGCAAAAUCCUCCACAGAAGUGAUAAACAACCAGAUCGAGUAGAAAUUUCUCCGGAGCAGCUUUGUGAAGCAUCCGUAUAUGCUGAACAGUUGCAGUAUUCUUUAAAGCGCCCAAUGAGGGUUGUAGGGUGGUAUCAUUCGCACCCUCACAUUACUGUUUGGCCUAGUCAUGUAGAUAUUGGAACGCAGGCCACCUAUCAGAUGAUGGAUUCACUUUUUGUCGGAGUUAUUUUUUCAGUAUAUCAAGGUGAUCCGCGAAUUCGGACUAAUCAAGUUCAACUCACUUGUUUCCAAGCACAGACACAAAGUGAUGGUAAAUUGGAAAGAAGAGAAGUGCCUCUGUUUAUUGAAAAUACCGCUUUUCAGCUUUACAAUAUACAAGGUAUUGCAAAUCUUUCAAAAAUACUUAUACAAGAGGAGAUCGAAAGUCAUGAUGUCAAAGAUGAUAAGAGCAGUGAUCCCAUUACCAGAUUGCAUAAUGAUGCAGUUAAAACACUUGCACUUAGUCAUAUAGUGUCCAAAGUGUCCCUGCCGAUGUGUGAAGGUUUGGUUGAACGACUGAAUGCCACAAAACAGAGAAUUCAAGAAUUGGAAUCGAUAAAAGCAGAUUUAUUGGCAAAAAAAACGAAAAUAAAUGUGUGCACAACUGAAACUAAAGAACACUGAUAUAAUUAAUUUAAAAAAAUUGUUUUCAUUAUAUUGAUAGGCUUAUUAUAAUUAUAUUUGUAUGGGAUAGUUUUGCAGUAACGACAAAAUAUCAAUAUAUUAUUUCACUUAAAUUCUGUAAUAAAAUUGAUUGGAAAAAAUGUUUUGU